CACACAGAUUCUGUGACACAACAUCAGCACUGAAUAGAAAUGACAUCAUCAGCGCAGGGACUUUCCCUUGUUGCAUUUCUUUAUAAAUGAAACCUAGCUUAAUCGCAUUAUUUAAUUCAUUUUGAGAACGACAGCUUUUGAGAAAGAGCACGACAGCUGUGAAUAAAACCAACUGUGAAGGGGAUAUAAAUAUGCCCAGAUCAGAGGAAAGACGAGUUGCUAUGCGCUCGAAAUCGCAGAACGGAGAACAGCGUAACGAGGAAGAGAAAAACCGUAUGUUUGACUGCUAUCUAAGCUGGCAAGUUUUUGGUAGUAAAUUGGUUUUGUCACAACCGGGACAAUUUGUUGUUUUUAGCGAUUACGGAAAGUGCAUUGUACCAAUACGAAUUCCAAAGAUAGCGAGCAAUGGAAACCCUGAAAACACUAUCUUAAAUGAAACGAUACAUGGACAAACUGUGGUUGUUGGGGAAAACACAGAAGUCGUUUUUCUACGUUGUUUAGAAAACUCGUUUGAUGGGUUAUACAGUUCCGGUUCAGAAACAAUCGAUUUAUCCAGUUUGCAGAAUACAGGUCCUCUUACUAGAGGUAGCAGACAAAAUUACCAUAGCUUCAGUAAACUCACUGUUGCAGUUUCCACACUAAAUGAAUCUGUUCCAAAAAUUGUUGGUGAAUGUGGUCUUAUGAACGGAACUGAUGGUCUCCUUAUGAAAUAUAGAAGAGCGGGAGCAGACGCGCUGGCACGAUUAAUGCGCGCAAAUGGUUUAACAGGCGAGGCGAUUGAAUUGUUUUUGUGGAAAAUGAAAGCAAUGAUGGAAAAGUGUGAAAUAAAAAUGUGUAUUAGUAUAGGUGGAGCAGAGCAGUCUGUGACAAGUUUAAAAAACAGUGGUUGCCCUUUUCUGACAACAACACGAAUUGAGAUUGACCAAGCAGGCAGCAGCAAAAAACUUUGUACACAAGCUUCUGGAUACAAUAAUGAUUCAUUACUCGGUAUCUGUGCCUGUGGAAAGCAAAAUAACAAACAUCUUCAUUUCAGUUUCGAUGACCAGAGUACAGCACCUGAAGCUGCAUAUCAACACAUAAACAUUGUAAGUGACUUUACCAUUAUUGGUGACAACGCCCAACUCAUUAUGCCAGUGGAUACCAUCAACACUAGCAGUGCUAAUGUAGCUAUAAAAAAUACGUCAAUUCAUACACAUGAGCAAAUCAGGUCAAUAGUUAUGAAUGCUUGGGCCCCUACAAGAGUUCCAAAUGUGCUGUACGUCACUGGGCAAAUUGGAAAGGCAAAGCAUAGAACAAUGAUAAGACUAUGCGAAAGUCUUCGAAACAGUGGUGACUUCAAGCAGCAUGGAGCGGUUUUAGAGAGCUAUUCUUCAACAGUAUGUACCAAAGAAUCCGAUGCAUGUAUUUCAUUAUGCCUUGAGAAAGCACUCGCUCUUAUCAAUAAAAACGAAACCUCCAAAGCGAAUCACUGUCUCAGUCUGUUGCAGAACUUUGCAGUCAAGGCCAAAAAUUCUACAUUGCUACUUGGCAGAAUAUUUGCCUUUAAGGCGAAUAUAGCUUUGAGAGAAAAGGAUUACAAGGGUGCGUUGAAUGAAUUAGAAAAAGCAAGGCACUACAUGGGUUACGUAGCAUCUGGAGAAGAAAAGACUUUCUUGUGCUAUCUGUUUGGAGUUACGUACAUGAUGCUAGCCAGUCAAUGCCAGGUUCCUGAUUUAGCCUUAGAGAAUCGGGCAUUAUUCUAUUUUGACCUAUACCUACAGCAUGCCAGAAUACAAGAAGACUGUGGAUUCUAUGUGAGACGAGGCAUAAAUUACGUCAUGUUUCAAAAGGCGUCUAUAUAUCUAAGAACAUACAGUGACCAAAUUAGGAAAUUUAAUGUCUGUUUGAAGGCGAUGACGCAAGCUAAAAAGUGUCUUGAGGUUGUAAAGCAAGCAAUUGAUGGGAAAAAUGAACCAGCGACCUUGAUUAAAAUUCAGUCAAUUGAAUCAGACAUUGCUUAUAGAGAAGGCGAACUAGAGCUUGCAAGAUCAUUUCUGAGCCACGGAGUAGAGCUUUCAAAGGCCAAUAAAUUUACUCCAUAUAUUGUAGAAGAGGCCCUGAGAGAAAGACUGAUGUUGCUUAAAAAUAAUGAAUAACAAACUCUGAGCAGAAUGCAAAAAACAAAACUUUGAAAAUAUUAUGUCCAUAAUAUGAGAGAAAACAACUUAACCAAAUUAUGUCGUCCUACAUUGAUAAAUUUUCACGGUAUAUUCAUGAAAAAUGACUAUAAUUAGGAAAAUAAUAUAUUUGGCGAUUGAACUUUGUUCACAAA